AUGAAUACUUUAAGAAUACAAAAAUCUUUUAUACUCACAUUUUGUCUCAUACUAACCUUCAUCUUCUCUAUGUCUCAAGCCAAAUCUACUACAUCCUACAUCCUAAGCAUCGAUAAUGGGGACAAAGCCACUGCUGACAGCGGUAGUGUCUUACAAAAUGCGAAGACGCUAUUAACUGACUUUCAAGGUGUUAUCACUCAUGAAUACAGUUUGAUUAAUGGGUUAAGCUUUGAAAUGGAUCCAAAUAUUUUCACUUCAAAUGUGCAAGAUAAAUUAAUAUCUCUAGGUGACAAGGCUGGUGUCAAGGUCAAUAUUGAAAAGGAUCAAGACGUCCAUGCAUUUACUGGUAAGCAUUAA